AUGGCGGAUCAGGAAGCAGAUACGAACAUCGAGAUUUGGAAAAUCAAAAAGCUAAUCAAAGGUCUCGAAUCCGCAAGAGGUAAUGGAACGAGUAUGAUCUCUCUCAUCAUGCCUCCUCGCGAUCAGGUCUCUCGUGUCACCAAAAUGCUCGGUGACGAAUACGGAACUGCGUCAAACAUCAAGAGCAGAGUCAAUCGCCAAUCCGUCUUAUCCGCCAUCACUUCCGCUCAACAGAGGCUAAAGCUCUACAACAAAGUCCCAACCAACGGACUCGUCCUCUACACCGGCACAAUCGUCAACGACGACGGCAAAGAGAAGAAGGUGACUUUCGAUUUCGAGCCCUUCAGGCCGAUCAACGCUUCACUGUACCUCUGUGACAACAAGUUCCACACGGAGGCGUUAAACGAGCUUCUAGAGUCUGACGACAAGUUCGGAUUCAUCGUCAUGGACGGAAACGGCACGCUGUUUGGAACCUUGAGUGGGAACACUAGAGAGGUGCUUCACAAGUUCACCGUCGAUCUCCCGAAGAAGCACGGGAGAGGAGGACAAUCCGCGCUACGUUUCGCUCGGCUCAGGAUGGAGAAGAGACACAACUACGUCAGGAAGACGGCAGAGCUCGCUACGCAGUUUUACAUCAACCCGGCUACGAGCCAGCCUAAUGUCGCUGGCUUGAUUCUUGCUGGUUCGGCUGAUUUCAAGACUGAGCUUAGCCAGUCUGAGCUGUUUGAUCCUCGUCUUCAAGCUAAGAUAUUGAACGUGGUGGAUGUUUCUUACGGAGGUGAGAACGGAUUCAACCAAGCGAUUGAGCUCUCUGCUGAGAUUCUCUCUAACGUGAAGUUCAUACAGGAGAAGAAGUUGAUUGGGAAGUACUUUGAGGAGAUAAGUCAAGAUACUGGGAAGUAUGUUUUCGGUGUGGAGGAUACGUUAAAGGCUUUGGAGAUGGGAGCUAUUGAGACGCUUAUCGUGUGGGAGAAUCUGGAUAUCAACAGGUACGAGUUGAAGAAUAGUACGAGCGGAGAGAUUGUGGUGAAGCAUUUUGGGAAAGAUCAGGAGACUGAUCAGAGCAACUUCCAUGAUGUAGAGACUAACGCUGAGCUGGAAGUUCAGGAGAAGAUGCCUCUACUGGAGUGGUUUGCGAAUGAGUACAAGCGUUUUGGGUGUACGCUUGAGUUUGUUACGAACAAGUCGCAAGAAGGGUCGCAGUUUUGCAGAGGUUUUGGUGGGAUUGGUGGGAUGCUUCGUUACCAGCUUGACAUGAGGACGUUUGAUGAGUUAUCGGAUGGUGAUGUUUAUGAGGAUUCUGAUUAA